AUGAGUACGAGUAAAAGAGCGCUGUUUCGCAUUAAACUGGGUCACAGGUCGGAGAUGUUGGAUGAGCCAACGCCAGAUGGCCAUACACAUCGUUGGACAGUUUUUGUUCGGUCUGCUGGACCGAAACAAUUCAUCGACAGGAGUUGCGUCACUAAAGUCGUAUUCACACUACAUCCGGAUUUUCCGAAUCGCCGCCGUGUGAUCAAGAAUCCUCCAUUUGAAGUUACUGAAACCGGUUAUGCUGGAUUUCUGAUCCCUGUUUCUGUAUCAUUUGCGGGAACUUCAAAAGUUUAUAAACUUGUGUAUGAUAUGAAUCUUUGCUUAGAAAAGUAUUCUGAACAUCAUGUUGAGCAAAUUGUUGAAAUGAAGCAAAUUUCUGCAACAUUUUUCGAUCUUAUUAUCAACUAUGGUGGUUUUAUUAAAAAGGAAAAAAGUGAUAAAAAAAAUGUGAAGAAAGAAAAUGAAUCGUUUCCAUCAUCGCCGAAUGAAGAACAUGGCUUAACUCCUGAAAACCGUCAGAAAAAGAGUAAAAAAGAAUUAAAAUCAAGAGAGAAUAAAAAGCGAAAACAGGUGACAGAAGAAAGAGAUACACAAUCUGAAAUAGCCACCUUAUUAGAUCUACAACGAAAAUUGAUGUUUAUUACUGAUGCAAAUAAGUUGGAUCAAAUCGUCCACAUUCUUUUUUCAUGUGAUAAUCUUCGUAAUGAAAUUGGAAUUUCUUCUGAUAAUAAAUUAACAUUCGAUCUCUGUUCUCUUGAACCUUCUGCUCUUUCUAAAUUGCAAAUUAUUUGCUCUCAAAAUAUGAAAUAUUUAUAG